GCUCAAUUCGAUAGUCUUUUUUGACAUUUGCAAAGAAAAGGUUAAAAGCCUGAAAGUCUUUUGUGCGUUUUUCACAAAACCAGUUUUUAAAACAAAGCUAGCGAAGUUAUCAAACUUUAUUUUAUUAUUAUUUCAAGUGAAUAUAAGUUGCAACCAUUAAGUGUAAAAAUGCCAUCUAACAUGAAUAAUAAACUCGACCCAACAUUUAGUAGUAGUUUCAGCAGUAGAAGAGAAGUUAAUGAAAAUGCUCUUGGAUUCCCUAGUGUAUCUAAGGCACGUACCAUCUCCACCUCCUCUUGCGCUACCAACAUGUCGACUGAGUCCUUCUGUAUCUCUCUCGGCGUAGGGCCUCUGUGGUGGUUUGAUGUCCCUACCCACCACAGAACUGAUCACGAUAGGGCGUCACUCUUAACUGAUUACUCUCGGAAAACUUCUGUGGAUUCAACUGGUGGCAGCGUAUUCGAACACAGCCGCACUUCAUCGGAGUGCUCUGAUUCGGACGGCAGCGAUUCACAGCAUAGCAGUGAUGUUCACUCACUAUAUUCGGAGGAAGAUUGCCAAGAGAUGGUCAAACAUAUUUUGCAACAUGACAAUCCAACACGUAUAACCAUCAAAUUGCACGUAACUGAAAACAAAUACACGGAAUGGGAGUCGGUUUUGAACCCCAUAAAUAACAUCUUGUACGUUGCAAUGCCUGAGGAGCUACCACCGGAGGCUUCAAAGGAUACAUUCAUCUCCUUGCUAGAGUUUGCAGAGGAGAAAUUGGAUGUAGAUGCGGUUGUAUUGUGUGUACGCAAGAACCGAUCAGAUCGCGCACGUCUCCUGGAGACAUUCUUGAUUAUGGGCUUCCAGCCGUUAUCAAGAAAGUCGCCGAUGGCACCACCAGCUACUGCUAAAGAUUCUGAGAAUUUCUUCUUCAUCUACCAUAUUGAAGACUAAGCUGACAUGUAAAAUCAAUAAUAUCCAGAUCCAAGUAUGUGGUGCUGGCUCAGCCUUAAAAACAUCGAAGGGACAAAUAUACCCAUCUGAAAUUACCAUCUAACUAUUAAGCACUUUUUAAUUAAAAGGGACAAAUGCUUGCAUGUACCUUAAAGUCUGAGCUAUGCACAUCAUACUAUAUGUCAACUUGCAGAAAAAAGUUAAGAGUAAAGGCAAAAUUAUCGUACUUUAUUUAAAAUCCAUUACAAAAUAUACAAAAAAUUAUGAAAAUGUAAAAAAAAAAUUAAAAAUGUAUAAAACAAAAAAAAAAUUACUGUUAGGCGAAUUAUAUAUUCAACUCCUACACAUAUGAUUAAAAAAAAAUUACAUCUUUAUUAAUUUUACUAACAACAUUAUAUAUGAAUUCCAUUAUUAUUUUGAAUUUAAUUAUUUUUCCUUCAUAAAAUUUAAACUUGCAAAUUUUGAAUUAUUCGAACUUAUUUUAUUUUAUCGAUUAUUUUUAGUGUAUUCCGUUUAUUACAAGGUUUGGGAAAGAAUUAUUGUUUCGUAAAUUAACAAAUAUUAAACAUUGAUAAAAAGUUCCGCAAAUUAUUUGAUUCAUUUCAAAAAUACAUCUCCAUUCAAUUGUCAUUAAUUUGCUUACGUCUAAGUAUUCAACAGGACUAAUAUAAAACAGAAAAAAAACAUUAUAAAAAUUAUUUAAAUCGUAAAUGAACUUGUGUAAUAAAACGGAUGAAAAAA